AUGCAGCAAUCUGCUGCCUUCGGAGGGCUUGCUGCAGCCCCAGCAGCAGCUGCAGCAGCAACGCCUACAGCAGCAGCAACGCCAGAUGCUGCUGUAGCAGUACCUGCAGCCGCUGCAGCAGAUGCAAUACCUGCAGCAGUAGACCCAGAAAUUGCUUCUGCUGCUGCAGCACCUGUAGCAGCAGAACCUGCAGCAGCAACACCUACAACAGCAGCAGCAGUAGCCCCUACACCAGCAGCAGCAGCAGCACCAGAAGCAGCAGCACCUGCUGCAGCAGGCUGGACAAGUGAUGCAGCAGCAGCAGCAGCUCCGCAUGCGUCAGCAGUCCCUGCAGCGGUAGGAGGAGCAGCAGCAGGAGGAACAGCAUCAGCAACAGUAGCAGCAGCAGCAGCAGCAGCUGCUGCUGCUGCAGAUACUUCGACAGCCGUAUCUCCAAGUAGCGGUGAAAGGGAGCUCCCCAAUUGCAGCCCGAACAGCAGCAGCAGCAGCAGCAGCAGCAGCAGCAGCAGCAGCAGCAGUAACAGCAGCAGCAGCAACAACAACAACAGCAACAGCAACAGCAAUAAAGGGAGCAGCAAUGCAGCAGCAGCAAGAAGAGCAGCACUAGGUGUCCGCUACAGCAGCAGCAGCGGCGCUUGGUGCUGCUGCUGGUUAGAUGCAUUAAAUAAACAUAAAUAUAAAUAUUUUAGGGUUAGAGACUUUGGUGAUGAACAGGCUCGGCUGCUGGCAGAGAAGUAUUGGAAUGCGAAGGUUGCCGGUGGCGAUGCAGAGCAGCAGCAGGUGCAGCAGCAGCAGCAACAGCAGCAGCAGUUGCUGCAGCAGCAGCAACAACAACAACAGCAACAGCAACAACAACAACAGCAGCAGCAGCAGCAGCAAGGUGGCGAAUCCCCGAUAUCUGGCGAUACUUCAUCUGUUUCGGGUGUAUCUGCAGCAACAGCAACAGCAGCAGGUGCAGCAGCAGCAGCAAAUGCUGCAACUACCCCAUCUACAGCAGCAGGAGGAGGAGCAGCAGCAAGCCCAGCAGCAACCCCAGCACCAUCUACUGCAGCAACAACAGCAACAACAACAACUGCUGCUGCUGCUGCAUCCCCUGCAGGAACAGCAUCAGGAACAGGAGCCCCAUCAGCCCCAUCAGCAGGAGCAGCAGCAGGAGCAGCAGCAGCAGCAGCAGCAGCAGAAGGUGAAUUACCUGAAGGUGUAUACUUACGAGGAUCAGGAACAAAUGCAUCUUGGAUAUGUCGAUGGUAUGGCCCAACAAUGGCCCGUGAAUUAGCGUUACGAUUUCGGCAGCAACUGAAGGAUGCAGAGGCAGCAGAGGAGAGCAGCAGCAGCAGCAGCGGCAGCAGCAGCAGCAGCAGUACGAGUUCUGCAGCAGCAGCAGCAGCAGCGGCAGCAACUCCUGACACAGAAGUUCUCUUCACCUCGGACCCAGACGACGUUGAAACUACCGCCAACAGCAGCAGCAGCAGCAGCAGCAGCAGCAACAGCAGCAACAGCAGCAACAGCAGCAGCAGCAGCAGUUGCUGCUGCGGUCUCCGUUUUGAUGCAGAAGGAGUAAGAUGGAUAUGCUGGUGGCGUGUAGGUGCAGCAGCAGCAGCAGCAGCAUUUGUUGUAGGUCGUUACCCUUUUGCUGUUGCUAAGAGGAAGGCUGCUGCUGCCUUCCAGUCCCGUGUCUUAGAGCUGCAGAUUGCAUGCGGCUGCAGCGGCAGUGUAAGGGUAAAGAAGCUGCCUCCUGCUGCUGCUGCUGCUGCACAAGCUGCAGCAGCAGCAGCACAAGCUGCAGAAGAAGAACAGCAGCAGCAGCAGCAGCAGCAGCAGCUGGAUUCGCUCUCGCCUGAUGGGACGCCAAGGAGCAACUCUUUGGGGUUUAAGGGGCUGAAGGACCCCACUGCAGCAGCAGCAGCAGCAACAGCAGCAGCAGCAGCAACAACAAAGACACCUCUUGUUAUUCCUCCUUUUCUGCAGCAAAUGCCGCAAAGUUUUGUUGCUGAAGUUGUUGCAAUAGCAACGGGUGGCGGAUUUGCUGCUGCUGCUGCUGCAGUAGGGGCAGAAGAUGCUGCUGCUGCUGCUGCUGCUGCUGCUGCCCCGGUUACAGGGUUCUGCGGCCCUACAGUGCCUCUAGAGUCCCUCGACCCGUCUAGUGCAGCAGCAGCAGCAAUUGUGGAUGCUGCUGCUGCUGCAGGUGUUCGUGGCUGUGUCUUCUAUGAGGCCAGCAGCAGCAACAGCAGCAACAGCAGCAACAGCAGCAACAGCAGCAGCAACAACAAGAGCAGCAGCAGCAACAGCAACAGCAGCAGCAGCAGCAACAACAGCAACAGAGGAAAGUGGGUAGCAAGCUGGGUGUCUGAAGGUUAUACGCGCAGCAGAACAUUCCCUGUUGCUGCACUAACAGCAGCAGCAGUGGGUUGGACAGCAGCAGCAGCAGCAGCGCAACACAUGGCGGAGAUCUGGCUGCAGCUUAUCCUGUGCAAGGCAGCAGCAGGAACAGCAGCAGCAGCAACAACAACAACAACACCAACAGAGACCGCGAAUGACCAACAGCAGCAGCAGGAGCUGCUGCUGCAGCAUGUAAAGGACGAGCAGCAGCAGCAGGGUGUGCGACCCCCAGAUGCAGCAGCAGCAGCAGCAGGAGAUGGUGCAGCAGCACAAGAUUCUAUAACGACACCACCGCAUGCAGACACAACAAGCGCAUCAACUAAUGCACCAACAGCAGCGGCAGCAACAUCAGCAGCAACAGCAACAGCAGCAGCAGCAACAGCAGCAACAGAUACAUUUCAAGCCCUACAAGAGUACCUCAGCUGCUGCAGCAGCCGCCAUGGUUUGUCUUUUGCUGCAGAUAGAGGUCUAUGGGUAAUUGAUGCAUUAAAGGCGCUGCAGCCUGCUGCUGCUUCUGCUCCUGUAGCAGCAGCAGCAGCUGCUGCUGCUGCUGCUGCUACAGGAGCAGAAGCAACAGGCAAUACACUCACCUUCUGUGUACAGGCAUUAGGCUGGCAAGGAGCUCGUGCUGCUGCUAUCCGCUGCUUCGAUGAGCUAGCAGCAGCAGCAGCAGCAGCAGCAAAUGCAGCAAAUGCAGCAACUGGUACAGACAGUAGCAGCAGCAGCAGCAGCAGCAAAGAGGUUGCUCCUGCUGCUGCUGGUACAGCCUCAGCAACUGCUGCUGCGUCUCCUGCAGAGUCCAGGGCAAGCCCUGUGCCAUCCUCACCUCCACCUGCAACAGCAGCAGCACCAACAGGAGCAGCAGCAGCAGCAGGAGGGACGGGGAGUAGACAGCAGAGGGGUGGUGGGGGAGGCAGGCAGCAGCAGCAGCAGCUGCCGAGUCUUGAGGAACUUCUUGCUGCAGUGCAGCGGGUGGAUGUCCCUUGUGAUCCAGCAUCAGCAGCAACAGCAGCAACAGCAGCAACAGCAGCAGCAGCAGGUGGUGCGUGUCAGUACGCCCAAGCCGGUAGCAGUGACGGGUUGCCUACGAGCAGCAGCAGAAGCAGCAGCAACAACAGCAACAGCAGCAGCAGCAGCAGCAGCAGCAGCAGCUGGACCCUGCAGAACCUCUUUAGGCCUCAUCUUCGGUUUAGCCGCAGCACAGCAGCAGACGCAUUUAAGGGGGGAGCAUGGAGACUAGAGUGGCUGCAGCCGCGGCAGCAGCAGCAGCAGCAGCAGCAGCAGCAGGAGUUGCCGCUGCAGCAGGUGAGCUGGGCAGUGUAUGUACAGCAGGUGGGUGCCCAUGCUGCUUUGCUGCUAGCCCUUAAUCUAAAGCAGCAGAUAGAAGCAGCAGCAGCAGCAGCAACAGGACCUGAGGAGCUGCAGCAGCAGGUGCAGCAGCUGCUGCUGCAGUCUGUUGCACUGCAGCGGGAGUGUAUCAGCAGCAAAGGCAGCAGGAAGCAGCUGCCGCAGCAGCUGCAGCAGCUAGAGCAGCUGCUGCCUCCUAGUACGCUGCAGCAGGCGCAAGCAUUAAGAGAUAGAUGCAGCAGGAAGAGACAGGCAGCAGCAAAGGUUGCUCCUGCUGCUGCUGCUGCUCCUAAUGCUGCUGCUGCUGCUGCUGCUGCGUCUCCUGCUGCUUCGGUCGCAAAGUCCCCAGCCGCAUCACACUUGGCUUCGCCGCUUGUUGCUGCUGCAGCAGCAGCAGCUGUAGAUGCAGCAGGAGCUGCGCCUCUACCGCCUGCUGCAGCAGCAGCACCCCUAUCCUCAUCAGCAGCAGCAGCGGCAGCAGCAGCUGCUGCAGCGGCAGCUGCAGGAGGGCCUACACAGGUUGAUGCAGCUACGCUUGCUCUGCACCAGCGGUUGCUGCUGCUGCAGAGACAGCAGCAGCAGCAGCAACAACUGCUGCAGCAGCGGCAGCAGCAACAGCAUCUGCUGCUGCAGCGCCAGGCGCUGUCGCUGCAGCAGCAGCUGUCUCAAGAGCAGCUGCAGCAGCUGCUGCAGCUGAGGAAGCUGAGUGAACCCUCGCAGCAGCAGCAGCAGUAUUUGCUGCAGCAGCAACUGCUGCAACUCCACCUGCAGCAGCAGGCGCAGCAGCAAAAGCUGCUGCAGCCGGAGCAGCAGGCGCACAAGAAAGCAAAGGUAGAGGCGCCCGCUGCAGCAGCAGCAGCAGCAGGGAACAUGGGGAAGCCUCCAGAGGGGACAGUCAGUGCGCUGCAUCCCGCCCUGCUGCAGCAACAGCAGCAGCAGCAGCAGCAGCAGAUAGCCCUCUCGGCAUCGCUAGGUCAUGCAAACAGCAGCAGCAGCAGCAGCAGCAGCAGUAGUAGUAGUAGUAGUAGCCAAGCAGUUCCUGCCUCUCCUACAGCAGCAGCAGAGUAA